AUGAGCCAAGAAAUUCAUAGUCAGUACGACUCGAUUCUAAUCCUCGAUUUCGGGUCGCAGUACUCGCAUCUUAUCACGCGGAGAUGCCGUGAGCUGAACGUGUACUGUGAGAUGCUCCCCUGUACCCAAAAGAUCGCUGAGCUGUCCUGGAAGCCGAAAGGCAUCAUUUUGUCGGGUUCGCCAUAUUCAGUGUAUGAUGACGUGGCUCCGCGCGUAGAUCCAGAUGUGUUCACAUAUGGUGUUCCAGUGCUUGGUAUAUGUUAUGGUCUACAAGAAAUGGCGUGGAAUCACGGCGGUCGGGUCGACCCACAUGACACGCGCGAAUAUGGACACGCCACGAUCCAAGUCCUUUCGACAGGCAAUGGAAACGCCGAUGCGCUGUUUUACGGUCUAGGAAACGACCUGACUGUGUGGAUGUCCCAUGGAGACCAGUUGUCGAAGAUGCCUGAAGGCUUUGAGAUCAUUGCGCACACGGCCAGUGCGCCGUACGCAGCCAUUGCCCACAAAGAGAAGCCAUUUUACGGCAUCCAGUUCCAUGCGGAAGUGACUCACACUGCAUGCGGUAAAGGCAUCUUUGAAAACUUUGUCGAUCGGAUCUGUGGCUGCCAGCGCAACUGGACUAUGGAGACAUUCAUUGACAAGGAGAUUGCACGUAUCCGCGAAAUGGUCGGACCAACGAGCCGGGUCAUUGGGGCCAUUUCCGGUGGUGUCGACAGCAGUGUUGCAGCGAAGAUUAUGCACGAAGCUAUUGGUGACCGCUUUCAUGCCAUCAUGGUCGACAAUGGUGUGCUGCGCAUGAAUGAGGCAAAGCAGGUGUAUGAGAUGCUUUCUGAACACCUGGGUGUGCAACUAACGGUCGUUGAUGCAUCAGACCUUUUCCUUGGCCGACUCCAGGAUGUGGAAGAUCCGGAGCGGAAACGCAAGAUCAUCGGGAACACAUUCAUUGAAGUGUUCGAAAGAGAGGCAGAGCGGCUAGAGAAGGACGCUGAGGCGCAAGAGGCUCAGGCGCUCUCUCACGGCGGUGCUCCGGGCAAGAUUGCUGGCAAGUAUGAAUUCUUGCUGCAGGGCACACUCUAUCCCGAUGUGAUUGAGAGUAUUAGCUUCAAAGGGCCUAGUGCCACAAUCAAAACACACCACAACGUCGGCGGUUUGCUAGAAGAUAUGAAGCUCAAGCUGAUCGAGCCAUUGCGGGAACUAUUCAAGGACGAAGUUCGCGAACUCGGAAAGUUGAUGGGCAUUCCUGAGCACCUUGUGAUGCGGCAUCCGUUCCCUGGACCUGGCUUGGCCAUCCGCAUCCUUGGCCCUGUUACGCGCGAGCAGGUCAAGCUGCUUCAGCACGCCGACAAGAUCUACGUGGAAGAGAUUUGGAAGGCUGGUGUGUACAAUGAAAUUAGUCAGGCCUUCGCCGUCCUCCUCCCGGUACGAGCCGUGGGCGUGCAGGGCGACAAGCGCACGUAUGACCAAGUCAUUGCUCUGCGCGCCGCGCAAACUACCGACUUUAUGACUGCGACGUGGUAUCCAUUUGACUAUGCACUCUUGUCUCGCAUUUCUAAUCGCAUUACGAAUGAGGUCCAAGGGGUGAACCGGGUAGUUCUUGAUGUGUCGUCCAAGCCACCAGCAACGAUUGAGUGGCUCUAA